AAAUUAUCGCCAGUUUACUUAAAAAAUCAACGAAUACAUUGUUGCAAUUUCGUCUUACAUAUGGACAUAUAAACGUAUACAUAGCUCAUUAACGCCUUAUCACAACCGAAUGAAGUUCGCAGCACUUCCGACGAUUCUAAAGAUCAGCAGGGUCUAACUACUAAAUUGAUGAAAUGUGCAGUUCUCCACGGCGAACACGGGGUUAAGGGGUUAUACGCAGUUAUGAAGCAAAUAAAAGACGGGUUGUCAAGGAUUUAUCCUGAAGAAACUUCAGAAUAUUUUAAUUUGAAAAUUUUGGCGGUUAUAAAAGCAUCCUUCAAGAACGUAACAAAAUUUUUUAUUUAUGAAAAUGUUGAUUAUAGAGCGCGCUGCAGGCGAUUUCUGGAACCUCCUUUAAAAAAAAGACGAUUUACGGUGUACAUCGCAACUCAGGAUUGGAUUAUCUGAAAUCAAAAAACCAAACAAAUUUUGUUAAUAUAUUAGAUUAUCUAGUAAUUAAUCGUUCGGCUAAUCAAAAUAGUGAAUUUUCACAAAAUGGCAGCUUUUAAAAGAAAUAAUUUCGAUUUUUACGUUAAAAUUUUAUAUCGUUUUAUAAAAUGGAAAAUAAGUAUCAGAUUUACAAAAGGAACGAUUAAUUACUAGAAAAUGUAUCUUUAAAGAUUGAGUUAAAACGGUUGACCGAUCAAACAAGCCGUUUUCGAGAUAUCGUGUACACCGACUUGAAAAAUGCCGUUUUGAAAAAAAACACGUUUAAAGUUUCAAUACCUACCUUAAAACGUGCCGAGGCAUCUCUACAUAUUUAGGUAUAACUCCGAAAGUAUUGCUUAGAUCUACUUCAAAUUUCGUGCGUAUACUUUUGAAUAUAUGUACAUUACAAAAAUGCAAUAAAAAAAUCGAUUUUUUUGAAAGUCAUAACUGCGUAUAACCCCUUAAACAAAUUAUAACUAAUGCAAAGAGCAAUGACAAUAGUAAUAACAACAACUAUGAUAAACGGAGCGAACGUGAUAAAUUACUUUUCUAUUCGCUCAACCAAUUAACAUUGCUCUGAAAUCUUACCGUUCAACAUGGCACUCAACUUUUUCGAAACGUUCUUAAAGAUUUUGAAAGCAUAUCUACGCGAUUUUUCGGUUUAUGUCGAACGUUUGAAAAAACUAAACGAACGUGAAAAGGUGUGUGAACUGCACGUAUGGCCGUACUAUUCACAGACCUUGUGGAGCGUCCAAAUACAGCCGCAUCAGAGGACGGUACAAUUGAGGAUAUGUAUUUGGAGAUGACGUUAGAGCAGAAUGGCUUGAGUGAUUUAGUAGAGGAUAUCUCAGAACAUUUUCUCGCCUUCACCGAUAAGUUGGACGCUCGAAUAAAGAGUUAUUUGGAGAAGUUGACGGCGGAGGAGCUGUUGAGCGAAUGCCAAAUGAUUGAGUGGUUUCAAAUAUUUAGUGCCGAAACGAACUCGAAGAAGAAAAUGAAAAUAUUCUCUAUGUUUUUUAACUUAUACUAUAGUAAUUCUUAAUGCUUGUUUAAAUUUUUGUUAACAAUUACCGGUUUUCCUAAUGGUCAGUAUGGCCUGCCGCCUAAUUUAAUAUAACAGUGCAAUAUUUCUAACAUUUAUGAAAAUGUGUGUGUGUGUGUUGAGUAUAGAAUUUCGUUUGUUAGAUAUGCUUAAUAAAAAAAAAAAUCGAAUCUUAUGUAAAAACUUGUGAGAAUUGAUUAAAUGAUAGCAAAAAUAUUAAUAAACGCAAAAUGUAAUUAAAAAACCCGCAUAAGAUAUGUAUGUAAUAAGCUGUAGUAAAAUGAAUGUACGACAUCUGUGAUGCUAAUUCUCCUGCUGUUUGCCGCGAAAGAGUGCAUUCACAUCUAUUUAUCGUAUUUAUUAGAAUAACAAUGUUGACUAUUGACUAUUGUCUAGCACACUGCUGAGAAGGUAUAACGUGAAAUAAUACAAGUAAAAUGACGAAGAAUAAAUGAAUAUUUAUGUAAUAUGUAAUUAUAAUUUACGAGUAUAGCUUUUAAUUCUAAAUGCCU